GAACACUGCUGGUACAGGACUGCCCAUUUGUGUCUGCAGUGCUAUUAGAUUUCAGGAAGUUCCCACCCACCACAUUCUGUAACCUUACUCUCUUCACAAAGUCUGAGUGACUGCUGAAAAGAUCACCUCAGGUUGUUACAGGAAAAGCAAAAGUUAAAAUGUCUGGAAACCUCCUGAAAAAUCCAAAUGGAGAUGAGGAUUUUGAACACUGGGAGUUGACUGAGAAUGGCGGAGAUGAGUGGCGGACUGAGGAGAUGAGUGUAAACACCUUCUAUGAUGAAUCUGUUACUAAAUACUUCUGCACCUCCUUUCAGCAGUGCCUAAAAAGACAAGUGAUCGACCUGUUGGCAGAGGGUUUCGACCCUGAAAAUCUAGACUUUGUACAGCCUGGGAUCACUGUGGAGGACUGGUACACCUGCAGAACAGACUGUGGAUGUAUUUAUAAGCUUACUGUGACCCUGCUCAAUGAAAACCAAGAAGUCCUUGCUGAUUUUCAGCCGGAUGACGUGACUCUGGACCCUGAUACAGAUGAUUGCUCUUGGAAAAAGGUGACGCACACAUUUACAGACUACGGUCCUGGUCUGCGGUUUAUCUCUUUUGAACAUGGCGGUCAAGACACCAAGUAUUGGAAAGGCUGGUAUGGAGUUAGAUUGACGGGGAGUUCUGUUACCAUAGACCUCUAGAGACAAACACCAAUCGGAUAAAAGAACGUUGCUGAUUGGUUAAAAGUGACCAAUUCUCUCAUAGCGCCUUGCUUUUCUGUUUAGCAUCCUAUUCCUCAAUAAAGAUGAUACUAACAUUACAGUAUACAUACUGCUUGAAUAAUAGCCUAAAUGGUUGUAAUAGCAAAACCUGCACUUGAAUGAAUAUUUAGAAUAUAAAUGCAAAAAUGAAAUUAGAAAUGAUCAAAAUAUUAUUGUAUGAAGAGCUUAAGUUGCAUUUAAGCCAGAGCAAGUCUGUAUAUACAGUAUUAACCACUACCUCUGUACACCGUACUGAUUAUGUUAGUCUUUUACUAAUGCUUUUCUAUUGCAGAUACUAAUUUAAGUAAAUAUGCCCUAGAAUUAACUCCAUAGUCUCAACAUUGGAAUGAUGUCAAUUCAAUGUCAAAAACAAUAAAACGUUAG